UGUAGAAUUGAGGCUUUUAUUUUGGACAAACUGCGACCGGAAGUGGUUAUACGUUUUGUUAGCGGACACCAAGUAAGCUACACGUUAGCAGUCGGUGAGCGUCGUCUUUGAAAUAUACUCUUCAUUCUGCCACGGCCAUGGAGUCUGGCGAUGCAGGACGAGGAGGAUGGAAGUCCAAGUCUCUCCAGCCACAGAAAAACAAGAUGAACAUGAAUAUUCUCCGCCAAGAGACGCUUAUAGCACAGAAGAAAAAGGAGAUUGAGGCCAGAAUGGCAGAGCAAGCUAAAAUGACAGUGCAAACCACCAGCAAACCCCUGCCUCCAAGUAUUUCUCCCAGUCUUCACGGAGCCUCCUCAAACAAGUUUGUGAAUGAUGGAAGCUUUCUACAACAGUUCAUGAAGUUGCAGAAGGACAAAUCCAACAAUGCGCCAGGUUCCACCAGUGAUACCGUAACUACUUCAACUUCAUUGCCAGGAGGAAACUCACUUCAAAAAAAGAGCAUUCUUGUUGGCAAGCGGCCAGGACUUGGAGUCAGUAGCAUGCUUAGUCAGUUCAAGAACUACUCUCAGUCCAAAAAGAGUCCUGUUCUCAGCCCGAGGCCAAGUGUGUUUUGCUCGCCAGAUGGUGAAGAUGAGGAAGAAGAUACUGAUACCUCCAGAUUCUUAGAGAUGAAAGUCUCUCCCCCAGAGGAUUCAGACACCAGACUCAUUAUCGACAAGAUGGCCUCGUUUGUGGCAGAGGGGGGAGCUGAACUGGAAAGAAAGGCCAAGGAGGACUACAGGGACAAUCCGGUUUUCUCAUUUUUAUACGAUAAGAGCAGUAUGGAGUAUCUCUACUACAAAAAAAGAGUUGCAGAUUUGAGAAAGGAUUUGCUAAGACCUGAAGAUGAUACAUCAGAUAAUGUCUCCCCCCCAGUGGACGCGGAAACCCAGCAGGUGGCUGAGAAGCUGGCCAGGUUUGUGGCAGAGGGUGGCCCCGAGGUGGAAGCCAUUGCUGCUGAGCGCAACCGAAAUAAUCCCGCCUUCAGUUUUUUGUAUGAUCACCAAAGUCCAGCCCACCGGGUCUAUAAAGAGAAACUUCAGGAGUAUCGUGCUGCAACCUCCCAGAGCGCUUUACCUCCAGCAGCAGAGUCGACUACAGAUGUUCGGCAACCAACUGCUCUGCCAUCACCAGGAAUCCCCCCAACGCUUAAUCCGGCAUUUCUACCCCACAUCCAGGAGUCAGACAUCCCACCUGUCAAACGGAAGAGGAAGAGCAGAUGGGGGUCUGAAGAUGACAAAGUCGAGUUGCUCAUUCCCCCUGUCAUUGUUCCACAGGAGAUUAAUGUUCCAGACCCUAACACACCCUGUCUCUCAGCCCAGGACCUGAGAGGUCUUGGUUAUAAGAAGGGGAAGCCUCUUGGUCUGGUUGGAGUCACAGAACUAUCUGAGGACCAAAAAAGACAAAUCAAAGAACAACAAGAGAUGCAAGAGAUGUAUGACAUGAUUAUGAAGCAUAAGCGUGCAAUGGCAGAGAUGCAGGUGAUGUGGGAGAAGGCCAUAAGGGAACACGAACAUGAAUACGACAGUGAUGAAGAGGUGGACCAGAAGGCAGGCACCUGGGAGCAUCGUCUCCGAAAGAUGGAAAUGGAGAGGACACGUGAUUGGGCAGAAUCGCUGACAGAAAUGGGUAAAGGGAAACACUUUAUAGGGGACUACCUGCCUCCUACGGAGCUUGAGAAGUUCAUGGAGACCUUCAAGGCACUCAAGGAGGGCCGCGACCCAGACUACUCGGAAUACAAAGAGUUUAAGUUGACAGUGGAGAACCUUGGUUUCCAAAUGCUCAUGAAGAUGGGCUGGAAGGAAGGUGAAGGCCUCGGCUCUGAAGGACAGGGAAUCAAGGCUCCCGUCAACAAGGGAAAUACAGCUAUGAAUGGAGCGGGUUUAGGAGUAGACCGUCCAGCUAUGCUCACAAAAAAUGACGAUGAAUAUGAUGCUUUUAGAAAGAGGAUGAUGCUUGCGUACCGCUUCAGGCCAAACCCCCUGAAUAAUCCACGGAGACCAUAUUACUGAUAUAGAGGACUGUUCUCGUUUAUGCAUGGUCUUGCUUAUCAUAACGCAAAGCUGGUUUCUCCAGUUGCUACAGCUCUAAUAAGUUGUGAAAUGGAAACCAUUGCACAGUAGAAUUUUUGAAAUUGUGUGUAUGUGUGAGGGUUAAUCAGAAAAGUAAAAUGAUAGAUCCAUUACAUUUGAAGUUUCAUUUGGUUCAAAGGUGACAUAUUAUUCAAAAAUCACCUUUUCAGUGUUUGUGCACAUAAAUGUGGGUAUCUGUGGCGCUUGCCGGGCCAGAUACUGUGAACAAAGGCCACGUGUCGUUUUUUCGUGGCCUGACCCUAACCGAAGAACUAACUGAAGAAUUGGUUCAGAUUUCUCUCUGCUUUUUAUGGCACAACCAGAUUCUUUUGAGGUAACGCCGCAUGCAAUCUGAAAAUCUCCACUUUUCUGGUGAAGGGUGUGACAUUUACUACACAUUUUGAGUGUGAUUGACCAUCACAACAGACUGGGCUCGGAGCAGACUGGGGUUUAUCGGAGGGGGGAUAAAAGAAAUCCAAGCCUUUCACAGAAGGUGAAAAGAGGAGCUGCAGGAAUCGGCAGUAUGAGGACACGAUGCCUUUUCUGAACAUUAGAGCAUGUAAACCUUUUCAAGUGGUAACACAAAUCAACAGUAUGAACUUGAAUAUGUGUGUAAUAUGUCACCUUUAAAAAAAAUCAAAACUGUUUUCUUAAUACUUUAUCGCCUGUUUUGUUACAUUUCAGUUCAAUAUUGGAACAGCUUUAAAUAUUUAAAGACUUAAAUCACCUGACUUCUAUGAUAAAGUCUGUCUUUUGUACAACCAUUUAUUUUGACUUGAUUUUGCAUUCCAACUAAAUAACAGCUCUGUAUUAGUUCACAAACCUAUGUAUAGUUGCAUAAAGUAAUUUUUAUCACUGUGCUAUACAUUUCAUUUUAUGCUUAAACUCACAAUUAAAAAUAAACUCUCCUUAAGUUUA